AUGUCAACUCGAAAGAUUGCGCCAUACGGAGACUGGGAGUCACCCAUCUCGGCUGACUCUAUUGUCUCUAAAACGAGAAGACUCUCUGCACCAAGAGCUAGCUCCAAAUCGGGGAGAGCCUUCUACACUGAAAGUCGCGAGAAUGGAAGCACAGCCAUCAUGGAGAUUCUCAAAGAUGUGAUCAAAGAGGUUCUCCCUGAUGAGUAUAGUUGUAAGAACGGCGUGUAUGAGUAUGGUGGCGCACUGUAUGCGAUUCUACCCGACGAUCGCAUCAUCUUUUCCAACAAAGACAGCGCGGUUUACAUUCUCAACACAGAUAGCAAGGAAGUUACCAAACUGACUGGAGACUCGAAGCUAAGAUACUCAAACUUCGAGGCCAACCUUGAGUCUCCUUGGGUCCUUGCUAACCAAGAAGAUCAUGAGAUUGAUACACCUGAGGGAAUUCGCAACUACAUUGUGGCGAUCAACACAGAAACAGCAGAGGUGAAGCGCAUUUUAGAUACUGCAGACUUCUAUUACGAACCGUCUUUCAAUCCGGACGGUACCAAGCUUACAUGGCUGGAGUGGAACCAUCCUGAGUUACCUUUUGACGCGGCAAGAUUGUAUACGGCAUCAUGGCAUGGUGAUUCCAUUUCGGAUAUUCGCCUUAUCGCAGGUAAGGAUCGUGAAGGUGUUGCAGAGCCAAGAUGGGGUCCGGAUGGGUCACUGUUCUUCGGUAAAGAGAUUGGACAAUACCGUCGCCUAUUUCGCCUGCUUCCCGAUGGUGAUGAGCAGCGUGAGGUCAAGGUCGAUGGCUUGGACAACGCAGAGUUUGGCGGAUUACGAUGGUUCCAGGGAUCUCACACCUAUGCGCCGUUGUCUGAUCAACACCUCAUCGCCUGCCCGGUCAUACUUGGGCAGACCAGAGUGAUUCUCAUUGACCUGGAGUCAGGCUCUUGGGAAGACGUUGGUGAUUCUGAGCGUCUAUCAGAGGUCAUGCUUGACUCAGUAGCUCGACUAAGUGACACUUCAGCUCUUAUUGUUGGAGCUGGCGAGACUACUGCUAAAGCGUUGUAUCGAAUUGACGUCGAAGGUUCGAGUGAAAUCACACAAGUGCGAGGAUCUACGAACGAUGCGAUUCCCGGGAAAUUCUGCUCAAAACCCAUCCUGAAGUCAAUUCGCUCAAAGGGUGAGCCUGAGAGGGAACUGUAUGGAUUUCUCUGGCUGCCGCAUAACCCUAACUUCCAAGCGCCAGAAGGGCAUCUGCCUCCUCUCAUUAUGACAAGCCACGGAGGACCAACAUCAUAUACUGGACCAGGCCUUGAGCCACGGACUCAAUACUUUACGUCUAGAGGAUAUGCAGUUCUCGCUUUCAACUACAAAGGUUCAUGCGCUCACGGUCGAGCGUACCGCGAAGCUCUCUGGGGAAAUUGGGGUUUAGUGGACAGCGACGAUGCUGCUGAGUUUGCAGAGAACUUGACGACAACUGGACAGGUGAGAUCUGGCGGCGUAGGGAUCACCGGGGUCAGUGCAGGAGGCUACAACACCCUUCGAAGCCUGACCCGCCAUCCGGAGACAUUCGCUGGUGGAGUUUGUCUCUCUGGUGUAAGCGACAUCAAGCGCCUAGACGACUCCACCCAUAAGCUGGAAUCAGAUUAUACAGACCAGCUAGUCCUGGCACCGGGUGUAGACAAGAGUGAGAAAGACAGGAUCUGUCGUGAGCGAAGUCCGUUAUUUGAAGCCCACAAAAUCACAGCCCCGUUACUACUCCUACAUGGCGUCUUGGAUAAGAUCACGCCGCUGGAUCAGGCUCAGGAGAUGGCUGCUGCUAUCGAGAAGGCUGGUGGCGAGGUUGAGCUUAUCAUCGCUCAGGAUGAAGGUCAUGGGUUUUCUCAACCGAAGAAUGUGAAGUUAUGGCUUGAGGAGGAAGAGAGGUGGUGGAGGAAGACCUUGCUGUGA